AUGGCGGGCCAGCCGCUGUACCACGUGACGCCGCGGCGCCCCCUCCGCGCUCAGGCGGCAGCGGCAGCGGCGGGCGGGGAGGCGGCGGAAGGGCUGGGCGCUGAGCGUCCCCCGCGCCCGGCCCGCCGGGAAGUGAGCUUCCUGGACCCGCCCCCGCCGCCAGAAGGCGGCAGCUUCGGUCCGGCGCGGCGCGCAGGGGCAGUGGCGAGCGGCGGGAGAGGCCGUGGUAGAGGGCGGCCGUGGCGGAGCCGCGGGGCAGCAGCAGGCAGGAUGAUGACGGCGGAGAGCGGCGACGGGCAGGAUCCGCUGGAUGCUACCGAGAAUUGCAGACGGAGAAGCUCCCGGUUGGCGGCGGCGGCGGCGCCGCAGGUGGAGGAGGCCGCGGUCAAGCCCGGCCCCAGAGGGGCGCUGGAGGAGGACGAGCAGGACGCUGUGUGUCCAGACUCUUUGACUCGACCCCCGAUAAGACAACGUAAACGGGCAGCCAGUUCCUCAGUUCACCUUCAGGAGACUCCAGUAAAGGAAAACACAAAGGCUUAUGACAGCAAUGAACCUGAGAAUCCAGCAGGGCAUCAGCCAAACAUUUAUACACCAUUAAAAGAAAAAAAGGCUGACUUCCUUGAGAAAAAUGAAAAGCAUCAUUCAGCUGCAUCACAGAGCAGAAGUACAUUUCAAGUUCAGCCCAGUAAAGGGAAGCUGUCACAGCCUUUGGCCAGAAAUAAUGCUGAAUUGCAGAGUGGAUUUCACAAGUGCUGGACUCUGUUACUGGUUCUGUUAAUUGCUGUCCUAUUGCUUUUUGUCCUGUGGAGUUGGAGAAGUCCAGAUUCAAGCAGUAAUGCUCAAAUUGUGCAAGCAUUUCGGGACCAGAUGAAGAAACUAGAAAAUACUUACCAAAGCCAGAACCCCGAUCUGUGGAAAAAAAUCCACGUGCUCCUUGAGAAACACCUUAACACUUCCCAUCUGCAUUUGAAGCCUGCCAUUCUGCUGCUCACAGCUGGCCAGGAAGCUGAGAAGGCACUGAGAUGCCUAAGUAAUGAGAUUGCCAAAGCACUUGCCUUCUCCCAGAAUGCUGCUGCAAUCAAAAUUGAUGGGGAAGACAAAGCCAUAUUGGACAGUGACACUGUCAAGCAAGAAGUCGAUAAUGAGCUCAGCUCCGGGUUCAGCAAAGGCAAGAAAGUAGCCGUGGUGCACCGAUUUGAGUUACUGCCUGCAAGCUCCACCUUAAUCUUUUACAAGUACUGUGACCAUGAGAACUCAGCCUUUAAGGAUGUGGCUCUCCUGCUGACAGUUCUCCUGGGUGAGCAGUCACUCAGAAAAAGCCUCACCAUGAGAGAAGUUGAGGAGAAAGUCCGGGAUUUCCUCUGGGAAAAGUUUAUCAAUUCAGAUGUUCCUACUUCCUACAGCAGCAUGGACACAGACAAACUCAGUGGACUGUGGAGUCGUAUAUCUCAUCUUGUUUUGCCUGUUUGGCCUGAAAAGGACCUCCCUGUGCAGGGAUGUGCAUAAGUUAUUGGAGAUGACUCAGGAAAGGAGGAAGACAGAAAAUGCAUGUUGUAAUGGCUGGACAGGGAGGAACUUACUGCUGAGCUCAGGCAGCAUACAGUCCUUUCUGUGCAGAGAAGUUUCACCAGCUGGCAGGGUUGUUUCUGCUAAAGUAACUGGGAUUUCUCUAAAUCAACUGCAGAAUGUAAGCAAGGAACUUGCUGGUUGUUGGUAAGUCGUGUUCAGUGAGUCGGUGUUGUGGAGAUGGACAUAAGUGUCUGCCUGUGCAGAAACACUCAUCCACUUCUGACCCUGUCAUAGUUUUGCUGUGAGGAUUCUUUUCUGGUUGUGCAUAGUGCUUGUGCCCUGUUUGACAAGGUAAUAGGAUGCAAAAAUACCAUCUUCGUCUGCCAGAAUUGCUUAAUUGUCUUCUAAAAUAGGGAAAAGCAAGCUAAAAAUGAUGAUAAAGUGACAUGAGCCCAAGCACAAGUUUUUUGUUGAUCCAUCUGAUCACAAAAUAGAUGUCAGCUGUCUCUGGCAACUUCUAGAAACAGCAGUAUUACUUAAAAGAUUUGUGACUUUCUGAGAAGCAUCUCUUCCUUCAAAGAGCUUGCCCAAAAUGAUUCUGCAAAGUGAGAAAAGCUGAGGUACAAAGGACUGCUUGACAUUAGCAGUACUGAUACCAAUUAAAUAAUCCCUCAGCACAUCUGCCUCACUGCUUCCAGGAAUUCUUUGCUCCUUUGCAGAGUUCUUCAAGUGUUAAAAUCUGGGGGUGAGGAGUGACAAAACGUGGGCUGCGUGUGCAUUAAAGCCCUGUUGCUUCUCCUUUCCAAACAGAAGCUACAAAGAUGUAAGUUAUUUUUUGUCUUGAGAGAAUUAUUUUUGCACCAAGAGAGUUUAUUUAUCUGUGGAUACCCUAGAAAAGUAGCCUUUCCUCACACGUCUGCAUAGAACCUGCUGCUUGCUGUAUAAGCUUCUGCUGAAGAGCAAAUUUGCGGUGCAUGCUUUUUGAAAAUAAAUUUUUUGUAGAGUGCCUCAUGCCCAGAAUCCCUCAGAUCAGACUACAAAUGGGUACUCAAGUCAAGUGAAAGCUUUUUGGCUUAAAAAAAAAGUGUUGCAGCACUUCCAUUUCAUUGCUGUUAGUGAGUGCUCUCGAACUGUUGAUGUCAGUGUGCAUUUGGUUUUACUGAUUUUUGAGGGGACAUGGAAGGACUGCUCUGGGAAUAAUAGAUAGUUUUCUUGGAACAGCUGAGAGAUCAGUGGCUCUGGCACACCAUUCACAAGCCCCUUGAGCUGUCCUCUUCCAAAAUGUCCUUCUUAAUCAGGAAAACUUCAGGUGCUGGAGCUUCUGGCUUCAUUGUGCGAGCGAAGGUUUGGGGUGGUAAGUGGAAUGAACUAAAAAUCACCUUAUGCAUAUUUAAAAGUCCUCUUGGUUUGGGAGACACAGGGCUGCAGUCACUUAACUGGAGGCUGAUCUGUCCUAACCACUGAGAGCCAGCAAUGGAUAGUGCUUUACUCUUCAAACAAGAAUUAAACCCAGUAAAAAGCCAUGGAAGUGCUGCUGUUAGGGACAUUUAAGACUAGCUCAGGAAGGAAAAGAUGGCAUUUUACAUUUUGGACAUGUCACUGGACAAAGGUUUUUUAAGAAUCCAACUGUGAGUUAUUUCCAAGUGUGUCCUGAUAACAUCUUUCUUUGUAUAUUGUGUAAACUAUUUUGGUAGUCAUGAAAAAUAAACACACUUGUUUGUUUUAUAA